AUGUCUGACGACAACACUCGUCGCCACUGGCACGGAAACCCCGGCGACCGUCACGAGCACCUCAAUGUCUGGAUGAAUGGCGGCGCUAAGAGUCCGAGUGGUCGCGCUGCAUGGGCAAUGCCGGGCACCGACAGAAGAGAUUCCAACACCUCCACCGCCUCAAACGGAAACGGAAAUAAACAGACCGAAGGCACCGCACCUAACCCCCCCGGCCCAGGCGAGCGUCGCCGCAGCUCUGCCGGCUCCUCCAACGGCCUAUUCUCGAACCUGCACUCACAGAAGCGUGAAUCUACAAGCGCGGACAUGGCCACUCGUCGCGCGAGCUGGAAUGAGCAGGCUGCUAAGGGGGGUAUGUUCUCGAAGUGGUGGGAGGAAUACACUCGGGGUACUGGUAGCAAGUAA